GGGACAGGAGCACACACCAUGAUUUCACACAUCCAGCUGAUCUGGCCCCUGGCAUUCUGUGUCGCAGGUAUCAGUGGGGACUUCAUCAUGACUCAGUCUCCCCCGGUGUUGUCAGUGAGACUGGGUCAGACUGCAACCAUCACUUGUAAAUCCAGUCAGAGCGCUAGUAACGAUGUUUCCUGGUACCAGCAGCGAGAAGGGCAGAAGCCCUCUCUCCUGAUCCAUGAUGCAACGACUCGAUUCACAGGAGUCUCCAACAAAUUCACCGGGAGAGAAGUGUCCAGCACACAUUUCACCCUCACAAUCAGCAACGGAGACGUUGAGAAUGACAUGGGGAAGCAGAGCGCAGAGGUUUUUGUACAGCCUCUGCACUGGGAGCUCUCACUGUGGCUUACGUUCGGUAAAGGAACCAAGCUCAGACUGAGUGGUCAAAACUCUCAGCCAAAGCUGACCUUGCUGCCCCCCUCCCCGGAGCAGGUCAAUGCCAAGGGCACUGCCACCCUGGUGUGCCUUGCCAAUCACUUCUAUCCUGAUGAGCUGGAGGUGCAGUGGAAGAAGGACGGUGCAGUCAUUUCAGACGGGGUUCAGACCAGCAACUACCUGCGAGCUUCGGACAGCACCUACAGUGUCAGCAGCCUGCUGACCCUCUCUGGGUCUGACUGGGAGUCCAACGCUCGCUUCUCCUGUGCCCUCACCCACGUGACCCUCCCCUCUCCCCUCAGCAAGAGCAUCAGGAGAUCAGAAUGUGUGUAGAGUGUUUGAGACAGUCCACAGAGGAGACACAACUUUAAAUAGAACAGGGCUGAACUGGCAGGGAAAAGCUUAUUGUCAGCACUGAAUUUCAACUCUUCCUUCUUUGGACUGGCUUGGCGACACUUCUGAGGUUCAAGGGUGAGGUCAGGUCAUUGGGAUCACCAAAAACAAGCUUUACUCUGUAUCAAACGCCAUGCUGACCCAUUCUGGGAGUGUUUGUUUGGGGCAGUGAUGACUGGUAAUGCCAAAUAAAACCACUCAAAGAUGCUGAAAAGUGCCAGCUGUACAAAAACAAUGUGAACCUCAGAAGUCUCUGCUUCAGUAAACCAGAUCUCCUUCCUGCUCA